AUGGCGGGGGUGAACGGAGACCGAAAAGGAAAGAAGGAUGAUAAUGGGAUUGGAACAGCUAUUGACUUCAUGCUUUCAAAUGCCAAACUUGUGCUGGGGGUGGGAGGGGCAGCCAUGCUUGGCAUUGCAACACUAGCCGUCAAAAGAAUGUAUGAUCGUGCCAUAAGUGCUCCCACCAGCCCCACAAAGAUGGAGCAGACAGGAAAGAGAAGCUGGGAGGAGCCUGCCUGGAUGGGGUCGUCCCCGAGGGUUUUAAACCAUGACAUGAAGUCCACAGUUAGCAGGUCGCUGCAGUCUCUGCCCACUUCUUCACAUGCUUUUGAACCAGACUGUCUGCGAAGGGCUGUGGGUCGAGCUGCUGUGGGAAGAAGCGAUGCCACCCGGUCGGAUAUGAUGCGGGCCCGGAUGCGUCUGUCUUUGCAAGAACACCUGUGGGAAUUCUACCAAAAUAAUGUCAACAUCCCUGCUGAGGAGCAGGCCAUGGCCAGGAGGGCGGCGCUGGACAUCUGCGCUGAGCUCAGAGUGUUUCUUCAUGCCAAACUGCCUGACAUGCCGCUCAGAGAGAUGUACCUCAGUGGCAGUCUGUACGAUGACCUUCAGGUUGUAACAGCCGACCACGCCCAGCUCAUGGUGCCUCUUGUCUUGGAGAAGAAUCUGUGGUCGUCCAUCCCCGGAGAGGACACGAUCAUGAAUGUCCCAGGUUUCUGGCUUGUCCGUAGGGAGAAUUUGGAAUAUUUCCCUCGGAGCAGCAGCUAUUGGGACCGAUGCAUGGUCGGAGGUUAUCUCUCCCCGAAAUCAGUGCUUGAAGUCUUUGAGAAGCUUGUUGCAGGUUCUAUUAACUGGCCAGCUAUAGGGAGUGUCCUCGACUAUAUCAUCCGUCCCGUGGUUCCCGCCGAAACGCUGACUCUGGAGGUACAGUACGAGACGGACAGGAAGCUGUAUGUGGACUUCUUGCCUUUGCUCGUGAUGGAGGAUGGAACCUCACUGAUUGCCAAACCGCACCGGUUUGCUGCAGAGCGCCACGAAAACCUGUGGCGGCAGAGCUUCCGCGUGGCCGAGACCGCGCGGCUCAGGGCACUAGAUCAGGAGGAUGGCGGCUGCCGCUGCACCUGCCUCAAAGUGGCGAAGGCUGUGUGCAAGCUCAACCCUGCCCUUCACAAGCUCAACUCCAGCCAGCUCACUAAUACCAUCCUGUUGCUCAGUGAAAAAGAAGGUGACUGGACUCAGGAAGCGCUGGCCGACCGCUUCCUUCAGCUGCUACGAGCGCUAGUGGGGCACUUGGAGGCUGGGAAGCUGCCGUGUGCCCUUAGCCCUAAAGUGAACUUGUUUUGUGAGCUGACUGAUCAAGAAGUGGACGAGCUAGGGUAUACCCUCUACUGUGCGCUGUCUGAUCCCGGGGGACUGCUGAGAACUGCAGCACAGCCACCACACCUCUGAAUGGUAACGCUGAGCUGUGACGAGGUUGAGGGAAUAAAAACAUGUGCAUGGAAUAAUCCUCUCUUGUGCAACACAUGCUCUCUUGAUUAGUCAUGGCCUCCUCUACAUGCAGAGGCCCGUACACACAGUAGCAGUUACUCAAAUGUUGGGGAUAUGUUAACAUUAAAGACGUAUCGUUGUGAUCCAAAUAUUAUUUUGAUCUCAGAGAACAGAGGUGGUUUUUUGGUGCUGAUGGCUCUCACUAAGGCCAUUGUGUUAAUGAAGUUAAGAAUGGAUGCACCAUUAUGGUCGAGUGUUGAGUUCCUGCAGAAGACUUGAUGUCCGAUGCAGGUCAGGGUUACAUGAACCGAUUGCUAACUCAGUUUUUGGGAUUUGAUUCAAAGAACAGAGUGUAAUGCUGCGUGUGUGUAUGCCAACUCAAAAGUUAAUAAAUCGUUAAUCAUCCUGAAUGACAUCUGCGAGGAAUCUUCAUUAAUACAGUGGCUGCUUUUUUUAUUGUAUGCUUUACGUUACCUCGGGUAUGUGAAAACAGUCAUUAAGUGUGUGUUUGGAACGUCUGCUGCUUGCAUGUGUUAAUAUGGAACAGGUUUAAAUACAGAGUUGUAUGUCCAUGUCUUGCUCCACACCGUUCAACCAAGGUAACUGAUUUAAAGUUUACUAUAAAUAGAAAGAGGACAUUUCUGGGGAGUCGCUGGUUGAUGAAAUUCCCCAAAAGGAGAAGUAAAAAAGAGGAUUCAUGUGAUGAUUGAAUACAAAGUUGCUCUUUGUUUGCUUUUGCUCAUCUCCAGACUCAUGUUUGCUGCUUUAAUCCACAGGUCUGAUAUGCUUUAAUCCUAAUUUUGUUCAUUUUCUCUCAUUACUAGUGUCCUGCUGUAAAUUUGGAACAAUGUUAGGCAUUCAGGAGGACUGAAAGCGCUGUAUCUCUUGGCCUUUGCUUUAAUUUCCUGCUAUUGCUCUAAACUAUAUCCAGUAUGUGUUGCAUUCACUUGCUCCAUCUGGGCCUCCGUGUCUUUAGUAGCAAGAUGGUUCUUUUGUGUUGGCAGUUUUUCCGCCGUUGUCCCCGUGCAAUUUGAGAGUUAAAGAACAACAAACAUGGUUUUAACCCGCAGGGGGUUUUGUUUGUCCUUUUGGUGUAUUAGUCUCAGUAUUAACUGAAGCCUCAGAUCACAGUCAGAGUAGAGCCUGUUGUCUUUGUGUGCUUGCAUAUAAACCCUGAUUAACUUGUCGGUGCCAGUCUGUUGUGUAAGUUGCCAGACACAGAUUAGAGCAGCGCAAGUCCACAUCAAGCAGGUCAAGAGGACGACUACUGUUUAUCAGUACUGCCGCUGUGACACAUAACAGAUCUGUGUGCCUGUCAGAUCGUCCUAUAUUUGACUAGAUUACAGGUGCUAAUGUUUUGGCUCAUGAUCUGAUGCACAGGGAUCUACCCAUAGAUCUUCAGUUAUGUAACAGCAGCUGUAAUAGCCAGGGUUUCUAAAGUGAAAUUAUUCUAUCAGUUCAUGGUCAGGUGACCGGUAGAGUAACUAUUAUAGCUGCCUCACUGACAAGUAGUCUCAAAAACAGUAUUCAAAAUAUGUCAUCCAAAUAAUCACAUGACCGCUGUCUGCCGUCACUUUUAGCCUUAGAGUGAAGAAAAUGCAGUGAUAUGGAGUAAGUGUCCCCUCAGUCCCCAUCCCACUAUUUGUAUUGUGUACAUAAUGGAGGGGUCGUUUAUAGUUCCGUUAUGCGUCGAGUUAAUAACCACUUACAUGGUGAUGAUGAUGAUAACAGUAACGGGGGGGGGAAAUAAAUAUUUUUGUAUUUAUUGUACAUUUGUAACCAAAAAGAGCUUCAUAUUUAUUUGCACUGGUGCAGGUUCAACAUGUAAUGUACUCCUUGUUGUGCUUCAUUAAGUGCUUUGAUCUGGAUGUGUGGACAAAAAAAUGACUACAGUAGAUCUUCUUUCUCUGCAAAUUAAGUGUCUUCCUUUGCUGACCCAGUUUAUGCUAUAAACGACUAGGGGAGUCACUGUGCCACAUUUGUAAUGUUGUAAACAAAACCCAAAGUAGAUCACUACCUCUACCUUGUGGAGUGCAUAUUAGCCAUAAACCAUGUUGCAUGCUAUGUACUUUUCCCAGCUGUUUUUUUUUUUUUUUUUUGUUUUUUCCCCCCCAAGCUGAACAUUGAACAGUGCAGCUCUUUGUAUACUACAUUAAAAAUGAAAAUGACAUUCUG